CGCAGUUGGCAACACAGUUAAAUAACCUCGCACUGCACUGCACAAUAUUUUGAUUAAAGACAUUUUUCAGAAGUUACCGAACGGAACUGAAAUAUGAUAUAGCACUUGAUUCAAAUUAUCCGUGUAACAUCGUUUUUUAUUAGUCUUUAAGCUGUCACGGUAAGAAGUUUAUCAUCAUACUCAAAAAAAUGUCUUUAUUAACCAAACACCUGAGAAGUUCAAUCAUGAAGCUCAGCAAAAGAGCUCAACAAACUCAAGCAAAAUUACAAGCAACAGCUAAUCUGCCCGGUGGGCCAGUUUUCAGAAAUGCCCAAAAUUUUCCUGAUAGAGUUGCCCUCAGAGAUCAUAUAUCCAGUUAUACAUAUGCUAACAUAUAUUUGAGUGCCAAUGAACUUUCCAAAGAAAUUACUCAACUUGUACAUGGUCGAACAGGUGAGAGGGUAUUGUUUAUGUGCCCAAAUGAUGCCAAUUAUGUAAUAACUCUAUGGGCUAUAUGGAUGUCUGGACAAAUUGAAAAUAUUUCCGUAGGUGUUGUUUUGUCACACAAAAACCUCCAGUUUCAAAUUUCUACACUAGUUGAUGCUUGGAAAUGGUCUUCAAAUGAUGUUAUACUACACACGCUUCCUCUUCACCAUGUCCAUGGAAUAGUUAAUGCUCUUCUAUGUCCCCUUCAUAUUGGCGCAAAAACCAUAAUGUUGAAAAAAUUCAAUGCCAACAACGUAUGGUCUUAUCUCUUGGGAAUCAAUGCCAAACCAGAAGAUAGAAAAAUAUCAGUUUAUAUGGCAGUACCGACAAUAUACAAUAAACUCAUUGAAGAAUAUGACAGAGUGUUCAAGGCAGAUAAUAAGAUGGUAGAGUACAUAAGGAACACAAUGAAAAAUAAAAUCAGAUUGAUGGUUAGUGGCUCGGCUGGGCUUCCUGUUCCAAUUUGCGAAAGAUGGAAAGAAAUAUCCGGACAUAGACUGCUGGAACGAUACGGUAUGACAGAAACGGGAAUGACAUUAUCACAUGUUUAUGAAUCUGAUCGGGAACCUGGUAAUGUUGGAAUACCUUUACCAGGUGUCUCAAUCAGGUUAGUUGAGGAUGAUGAGAAUAGUGAAGAACUGAAGACCAUUUUAGAGUGUUCCAACGUUGAUGGAGAACUUAAAUUCACUGAGAAAGUUUACAAAAGCGAAAAUCAUAAAGGUGAGCUGCUCGUGAAGGGUGAUGGCAUUUUCAGAGAAUACUACAAUCGUCCUGAGGCAACUCGCAAAGAAUUCACCAAUGACGGCUGGUUCAAAACUGGAGAUAUUUGUGAGUAUUUAGCAGAAAAAAAAGUAUUCAAAAUUGUUGGAAGGAAGAGUGUCGACAUUAUCAAAUCAGGGGGUUACAAAUUGAGUGCCCUAGAAAUCGAAGCAAAGCUUCUGUUACAUCCUGACAUACAAGAAUGUGCCGUCGUGGGAUUAGAAGAUGAAACAUGGGGUCAGCAAGUAGCUGCGUUUGUUGUACCAAAGCAAGAUAAGGAAAUUACCUUAGAAAAUCUUCGAAAGUGGUCAGAGGAUAAGAUGCCCAAAUAUUGGGUUCCCAAAGUAUUGAAAAUAAUGAAUUCUAUACCAAAAAAUGCAAUGGGGAAGGUUAAUAAGAAGGAAUUGGCGAAAUCUUUUUCAUAAGGGAACAAAAACUUGUGCAAUAAUGAUUAUCAGUGCCAUAACUUUUGUAUUACAACUAGGCACCAGGAAAACAUACUUAUUAUUUUGAACAUUAUAAAUUGUGGCAUUCAUGACUGUUGAGUGGGGUAAUCGAUGAUUUUCAAGACUGUUUUGUAAUUCAAAUUUCAAGUCGAGUGAUUGGAAAGUAUUAAAAGACUUGUUUUCUACAAUGAAAA